UCUCCGACCCAGUUACUGGACAGCUAGACACUCACUAUUUUGUCACUACUGGUUCUAGACACUGCCAUUUUUUCACCAUAUGGAAGGAACCAGUGAACACUAGUGUGACCGUGCCUUGGGCAGUAUUGAACAUGUAAACGCUACUCAAUCAUUUUAACACGUCUUCUCAAUAGAAACGGUCACUUGUUUCGAAUAAUUUUGGGGCAUAGAUUUACGCUGCGAAGCAAGAUGGAUUGAACUUCAGGGAAAGAAACAGUUAGUAAAGAAGAUACAAGCAUGAGUACAGACUUGGAGAUUAAAGAUGUUGAAAUUGAGGCUACAGAAGAUGCAGACGUUAGUGGUAACUCAGCUAACAAAGUUCCAGAGAACAAAGAUUUGAUGGAAGUUCAAGACAAUGCUGAAACAUCUGUUCUAACAGCACAAGGGGAGGGUGGAGAUGCAGACACCGCUGAUAAACUGACUAAGCAGGGUGAGCCUGAUGAAUACUUGUACACAAAGAGAGAUGAGUUUACAUCAGAAAUAUAUAAAAUACAGAUCUCCAAUCUGCCAAAAAGAUUUGGUUUUGCUGAAUUGAAGAAGAAGUUCUUACAGCUUGAUUUAAAGCCUGUAAAGAUGAAAGUUUGGAAAGAAAUCUGUUUUGUUACAUUCAGAUGUGAACAAGAUAGGGAAGAGGCUUUGAAAAAGGUGAACGGUCUCAAAUGGAGAAGCCAGGAACUUACAGCUACAGUUGCUAAACCAGCGGCAGACCCUCUAAUGAGGAAGAGGAAACAGGAGGAGGCAGGGAAAGUAUGGGAGAAGAAAGCAAAACAUUCGGACGAUGGUCUGACCCCAAGCGAGAAACUGAAAAAUUCUGUAACACCAUUGUGGAAAUUGGAAUAUAAAGAUCAACUGAGAAAGAAAGAGGAAGAAAUGAGACAAUUUUUCAAAAGAUUACAUCGACAGCUGGAGAAGAAUUGUCCAGAUCUCAAAUAUUGGUUGUUAAAGAAUAAGAAGAAAUAUGGAGCUAUACCGUGUGAACUGCAGCCUAUUAUUCCUUCUCCAGUAACUACAGGUUACAGAAACAAGUGUGAGUUUACAAUAGGCCCAGGCCAGGAUGGCGAGGACUGCGUUGGGUUCAGGUACAGCACCUAUGCAAAGGGUUCGGUGAUUGUUGGCUCACCAGAGGAGAUCAGCUUUCUACCCGAUAUGAUGAAAACUGUCGUGAAAGGAUUUCAGAAGUAUGUGUUAUCAUCCGUGUAUACAGCCUUUAAUCCGGAGAAUCACACCGGGAACUGGAGACAGCUGACGGUCAGAACGAGCAGGCUCGGUCAUGUCAUGGUCUUAAUAGACUUUCAUCCUCAGAAUCUAACACAGGAGGAUACAGAAAAAGAGAUGGAGAAUAUUAAAGCCUACUUCACUAAAGGAGAUGGCCAGGACUGUGGUAUCACCAGCUGUUUCUUCAGAUCUCAUACUGAAAAAAUGACUGGGGCUGCAUCAGGUUCUCCAUACAGACUGGUCUUUGGAGAUGAGAACAUCACAGAAUCGUUGCUUGAAAUGAAGUUUCAGAUUUCCCCAAGUGCAUUUUUUCAAGUAAAUACAGCAGCUGCAGAAGUGUUAUAUAAAACUGUUUCUGAUUGGUGCAAUGCAUCACCUGACACAACUGUUCUUGACGUCUGCUGCGGCACUGGUACCAUAGGCCUCACAGUCGCUAAGCAAGUAUCACGAGUGGUUGGGAUAGAAAUGUGUAUAGAAGCAGUGGAGGAUGCUAAAGUUAAUGCCAAAUUAAAUGGUAUAACAAAUGUAACAUAUCAUUGUGCUAAAGCUGAAGAUGUCAUGAAGGACAUAACAAGAUCUGUGACUAGUUCAUCUGAUGUUAUUGCUAUUGUGGACCCACCCAGAGGAGGGCUACAUUCAAGUGUGGUUGUUGCCAUUAGAAAUUGUAGAAGUAUUAGCCGUCUAGUAUAUGUUUCCUGUAACGUUAAUGGUGCAUUGAACAAUAUCAUUGAUUUAGUUCGACCAGUAUCAAAGCGCCUACGGGGACCGAGAUUUUAUCCUGCAAGAGCUGUACCAGUCGAUUUAUUUCCACACACAGAUCAUUGUGAACUUGUUAUGCUCUUUGAACGUGAACAAACAGACAGUCAAGAAGACAUAGACAGUCAAGACAAAAAUCUAGAGAAAACGGACAUUAAAAAGGAAAUAGACAGCCAAGACAAAAAUCUAGAGAAAAUUGACAUUAAAAAAGAAAUAGACAGUCAAGACAAAAAUCUAGAGAAAACAGACAUUAAAAAAGAAAUAGACAGCCAAGACAAAAAACUAGAGAAAACAGACAUUAAAAAUGAAAUAGACAGCCAAGACAAAAAACUAGAGAAAACAGACAUUAAAAAGAAAUAAGACAGCCAAGACAAAAAUCUAGAGAAAAUGGACAUUAAAUAAAAAAGAACUAGACAGUCAAGACAAAAAUCUAGAGAAAACAGACAAUAAUAAAGAAAUAGACAGUCAAGAAAAACUGACAGUCAAACAGACCAUGCAGAUUGAUGUCAAAAUGUUUUUUUAUCUGGGUUUUUUUUUGGCUGGAUUUUUAUUUCUCAAAAGAGUUAUAUCAGAAAGUC